AGCAUGUGACACAUGAGUGUUGCUUUAUUUUUCUAAGCAAACAAGUGUAAAUUAAACGUUGUAAAAUGAGUUCUAACGUCGUAGAUGAGGCACUCGAUGCUGCGACGCUUGCAAAAAUCAAUGAAUGCUGUUCUAAGCCACAGCAGGCAUGCGCAACGCUCAAGCAGCGCAGUCUAAAGCAAAUGGGCCUUGACGAUAAGACACAGCACGAGUGUCAGCUAAUGUGCAGUGCCGCCAGCUUGCGUAGCACCAUCUGCAAUAUAUUGCAGUCUGGCUUGAAUAGCGACAUUAAGCUGCGAGUGGAAGGCGAAACAUUUGAUUGUCACUUGGAUGUGCUGCGAUUGGCAUCGGACUACUUUCGUGAGCUGGAGCCUACGAACUAUGUUGAAUUCUCUGCGGAGCAGCUGACAGCGCGGGGCUUUGCUAUGGUCUAUCUAUGGCUGACGUCGCCUGCGCUGCAGAUUGAUGCCGACAAUAUAUUGGAAAUAUUUGUAGCUGCGCAAUUUCUCAGAAUGAAAGAGUUGCUGGAGCAGCUUUGGUGGUACUUUGUCCACGACUACUACUGGGAAGGUCAAGCCUUCAAGCUAUACAUACAAGCUGUUGACAGAGCGCACACCGAAGCGUUGCAGGCGUUGCUCAUAACACGCAUCAAUCGCUUCUUUCUGAAAGCCGUAGCUACGCUGCAGUUUCUUAGCCUCAAGUGCGAGCACGUUGUGCCCUUGCUGCAGAGCAAUCUCAUCUGCGUCAACUCCGAAGUAGAAGUGUUCAUGAGCGCACGCCGCUGGCUGCAGUACGACUGGCAGCAGCGUCAGCAGCACAUACCGCGCAUAAUGGAGACAGUGCGCUUUGAUCUAAUGCCAGCUUGGUAUAUUGUUUCAUUGAAGGCAAAGCAGCGGCAGCUGCAGCUGCAGCAGCUGCUCGAUCAUCCAUUCAUGCGCACCAAGAUCGAUGGCGCGCUGUCGCAGUCUGUGACGCAACUAACUAUGAACAAGCAAAAGCAGCUUGAAACGCAAAGCGCUGAGCGCAUGUGGAUCAUUGAUGAGAAGGCAGCGCAUCAUCAUCUCUACAAAUGUGCCAACUGGUGCUAUCUCGAUGCUUCACUGUUCAACAGAUACUUGCAGCAGAUUAUUGCUGCUGGGCCAGCGCAUUGCAAGUCACUUAGAGCCUACGAGCCUGCCAAUUUGAUGCCUUGCUGUCGCACAGUGGCAAAAGGCGAACAGUUUCUGAACAAGCAGCAUAUCGAUUAAAUUCAGUUUAAAGCGCCGCCAAUCGCAUUAAGCGUUUCCAAUUAGUUCAAUAGGUGCCAUGCGCGCCGUUGUAAUUGUCAGCGCUUAUGGCUUAUAAGUAUGCAUGUGUGUGUGUGUGUGUGUGUUUGUGUUUGUGCUUGUCAAACACAGCGCGAAAGCCAAUACAAUUGAUAAUACGCGUGUGUGUGUGUGUGUCAACACUCUAGUGACACGCCAAACAAAUCCGAAAAAUGCAAUUACAUUUGCAUAAACUUUACUAUUGUCAACAACAA